AUGCGCGGCAGCACUGAAUAUGAGGUGACCUUUCAACCUACCAAGGUAGGACGCCAUGAAUUAAUUGUAGACAUAUAUGAUGCGCCAGCAUUCAUCAUUGAUGUAAUUGAUACGAAGGGACAGUGGAAAGUCGGUAGAAAUGGACAGGGCCAUGCACAAUUCAAAAGACCUGUAGGCGUUACUGUUAAUAAGAAGGGCAAUGUUCUGGUAGUAGAUGCUGUUAACAAAAGAAUACAGAUACUUGACAGCAAUGGCAAAUACAUUGAUCAGAUUCUAGUGGAUUUACCUCACACAUCUGGUGUUGCCAUGGCACCAAAUGACAAUAUUGUAGUGAAUCAGAUUAAGCACAGUAAUCUACCAACGUGUCAAAGCUGUUGCCGUAAAAACCAAACACUCAAAGUUUCACAUUGUUCGGAUUGUGAGGCAUACCUAUGCCGAAGUUGUCAUGACAACCACUUUCAUAUGGAUUUUUUUGGUACACAUGAAGUGAAAACCAUUGACGAAUUGAAACAACUAUCAGACGAAUCACUUAUUACUUUCUUUCAUCGAAAACAAUUCUGUUCAAAGAGAGAAGGUCAUACUGAUCAGAGAAUAACCCUGUUCUGUGAUCAUCGCAAUUGUCAGUCACUGAUCUGUUUGCAGUGCGCCCUCUUAGAACACAAUACAAUUAACCACCAGCCAAUCAACAUUGAGAAUGCAGUAUUGAAAUACAAGAAAAUAAUCAACGGCAAACUUGACAAAGCAAUUGAUAAAAGAAGAGAGUUGUCAUUCCGAAUUAAUCAAAUUAAUCAAGAAUUGUCUAAUCUUAAAGCUAACACUGCGACACAAAUAAACAAUGUUGAACAUUUCUUUACUGAAUUAAUCAAACAAAUCAACACUAGAAAAGAACAGUUGGUCCGUGAAAUUCAAAAGCAACACGACAUAAUGGAAACAUCACUUAAUAUUGAGAAAAAGAAACUAAAAACGAGAAAAAAUAUUGUUGAUACUUAUGCGAAAUUCACAGAAUUCACACUAAAAUAUGACAGUGACGUGGAACUAUUGACAUCUAAAUACGAUGUAUGCAGUCAACUAGACAGAGUGUUAUCACAUGCAUUACAAGAUCACAAAUCAGCGGCAAAACUGUUCCCGAGAUUCUUUCAUCCUCAUGGUGUAAAUCUAAAUAUGGUAAAUAAUACAGUGUUCAGUGGGCAUCAUGGGAAGAUCAGUUGUGACGUUAUUGAGACUGAUGCUGUGGUUGGUAAAGACUGCAAUUUCACUAUUACUCCACGCAACAUGGAUGGCAAACAACUUGGUGUAUCUGCAAUUCCUGUAAAGGUCACAAUAAAUGACCCUGAUAACCGAAUUUUGGCUACCACUACAGACGACAAGGGUGAUGACACUUACACAGUAAAGUACAGACCACAGAGAAAAGGAAAACACUACGUGACUAUCACGAUAUACAGUACGCCGAUAGAGGGCAGCCCAUACACCAUCAAUGUAAAGCCAGCAAGAAGAAUCAAAUGUGAAGUAUAUGCACAAAGGUGUGUGGUGAAUACGGUUUGUACAGCAAUCAUUCAUUCUCUUGCUGAUAUUGAUGACAUGCAAUGCUUACCUGUCCUAGUCCGUGACCCUGAUAGUCAACCUGUAGAAUCUGAAAUUACCACUAAACAUGAGUUGACUUUUCAACCUGCCAAGGUAGGACGUCAUGAAAUGAUUGUGAAUGGAAAUGAUACACCAGCAGAUUGUAACCCAUACAUCAUUGAUGUGAUAGAUAUGAAUGAACAGUGGGAAGUAGGAAGAACGGGUGUGAACGAUGCAGAAUUCAACAUCCCAAUAGGUGUUACUGUUGAUAAGAAGGGCAACGUUCUGGUAGCAGACGCUGCUAAUAAAAGGAUACAGAUACUUGAGAGCAAUGGAAAGUACAUUGAUCAGAUCCGAGUGGAUAUACCUCACACAUCUGGAGUUGCCAUGGCACCGAAUGACAAUAUUGUCGUGGUGGAAUGGGAAACUAGACACGUUCAUAUCUACAAUGAAAACAGAAAAAAGAUAAAACAUUUCACGUAUAAAGAAUUCGUCAAACCUUUUGGCAUAACUGUCAACAGUAAAGGACAUAUAUUGGUAGCUGACCCCGGGGCAUCUUACAUCUUUGUGUUUACGUCUGAUGGUGAUUUCAUAAUGAAGAUUGGGGAAGACGUUGGAGAAGGUGAACUAUAUCAACCAGCAUUUGUGGUUGCUACUAGGAAUAAUGACGUCAUCGUGUCUGACAGUAAACACGGACUAAAAUUUUUCACCGAGGGCGGCAAGUAUAUACAUGGCAUUCAUCAAAUAGGAGACGAUGAAAAAUUAUAUGACUGUAGUGGUGUUGCUGUUGACAGUGAUUAUAACAUCAUAGUAGCCGACCGGGCAUCUACACCAAAUAGAAUACUGGUACUGACGUAUGAUGGUUCGGUAAUUCAAUCUCUUGAAAGUCAACAUCAUAAACUGAGUAGACCACAUGGCGUGGCUGUGACUGAAGAUGGGUAUGUUAUUGUAGCAGACUACGGCAAUGACUGCAUCAAGAAAUACAAAUUGUAA